CUUGGGAAUCCGGCCCCUGGGUGGUCCGGAAACGAUUCUGGACAUGCGGGCAUAUCCAGGGCCCGCACCCCCUGGGAUUGUGGGAAAUGUAGUUUUUAGCCUCCGUAAGGGACUAGGCGGAGCUGAGGAACCGCGCGAGGACUGGGACCGUGAUUCCUCUAACCGGAAACCGUCGCCUUUCGGGCCCGGUGGGACCUGAGCCAAUGCAGAUUCGGGGGCCGCGAAGACGCCAGGGGGCGCUGUGUGUAGGAACCGCCGGGUGGCCGCUGUCGAUCGGGGCCGUCUUGCGGACGGACCGGAAGUGCCCGAGGGCGGCCGCGGAACGGUCAAUUUGAGCCGCGCCGAGCUCCCCUGGGACCUGGGGCCGCCGCCCACAGACCAUGCUCCUGGGGCGCCUGACUUCCCAGCUGUUGAGGGCCGUUCCCUGGGCAGGCGGCCGCCCGCUUUGGCCUGUCUCUGGAGUGCUGGGCAGCCGGGUCUGCGGGCCCCUUUACAGCACACCGCCGGCCGGCCCAGGUAGGGCGGCCUCUCUCCCUCGCAAGGGGGCCCAGCUGGAGCUGGAAGAGAUGCUGGUCCCCAGGAAGAUGUCCGUCAGCCCCCUGGAGAGCUGGCUCACGGCCCGCUGUUUUCUGCCCAGACUGGAUACCGGGGCCGCAGGGACUGUGGCUCCACCCCAGUCCUACCAGUGUCCGCCCAGCCAGAUAGGGGAAGGGGCCGAGCAGGGGGAUGAAGGCGUCGGGGAUGCGCCUCAAAUUCAGUGCAAAAACGUGCUGAAGAUCCGCCGGCGGAAGAUGAACCACCACAAGUACCGGAAGCUGGUGAAGAAGACGCGGUUCCUGCGGAGGAAGGUCCAGGAAGGACGCCUGAGACGCAAGCAGAUCAAGUUCGAGAAAGACCUGAGGCGCAUCUGGCUGAAGGCGGGGCUGAAGGAAGCCCCCGAAGGCUGGCAGACCCCCAAGAUCUACUUGCGGGGCAAAUGAGUCCGGCGCCGCCCUUCCCGCCCUUUGCUGCUGUGAUCCUUAGUAAUAAACUCUCAGAGGACUCA